AUGGGUUAUCAUGAACAAUAUAGAGUGCCGCAAGCUCAGACGGACAAGUGGGAGUCCUACAUAUACACCGACAAGGAGUACAUUAUACAAAAUCUCCCCGUAAAUUGGGAGAAUGCGAAAAUUUUGUGUCGGGGACACCACAAUGGCACUUUGGCAGUUCUGGACUCGAAAGAGAAAGCGGAUUUUUUAGCUGAAGCACUUUCUGAGUCACAACUUUUAAUAGAAUCAGUCUGGGUCGGAGCGCGGCGCAGUUCCGCCGAAGAUCCAGCAGGCUACCGCUGGAGCCAGGGUGUGGAACUGAGACGGACAGCUGCUGACGUGCUGACAGACAAGGACGGCGAUAUCGGGAAGCACUAUCCUGUGUGGCUGAAUAGAACCUUAGUCCCUGUUCCGGAGGCGGGGGCCGACUGCGUUGGUUUGGAGAGGGUUUUCCACGACAAACCAGUGUUUGUGGACCUGCCGUGUUUCUUGCAAAGAGCAUUCGUCUGUGAGAGAGAAGCCCGGCCGUCAACCCACGCCGUUGAGCUGAAGAUAGUGAGGUGCAGAACUGGCUUGUAUCGCCUGUAUGAUGGUCUAAUGGAUUGGCAUCAGGCUGCCGCUUUCUGCGUUUUGAACAGGAUGAGUUUGGCAAACAUCGGCACAAUGAAAUGCCUGAAGAAGUUAGGAAUGAGCAUGUUGAAGACUCGGCCAAGCAUAGAAAACGCUUGGAUUGGCGCUCAUGGGGAACUCGGGCAGUGGAGCUGGGUGGACACGGGAGUCAGCAUCUUCCAAACACCAUCCUACAGUGACACCACGCCUGCUUUAUGGCCACCCAUCAGAGAUCGUGAUGAUGUUAAGCAGAGUGGAUGUAUGCAGCUCGAUCGUCACGCGAACCAUCCACCAGUCUUUCUAGAAGCCAGAUGUGAAAGGAAAAUGCAAUUUAUAUGCUACCAGGGUGCCGCUGGCCUGCGCACGACAGCACCGACACCUAGCGACGAUUUGUAUUACUAUAUUCUUGUAAAACAACAGUUUUACUGGCAGCAUGCGUUCGAAAACUGCCAGAAAAUGAACGGAUCCCUCGCGUUUAUUGAAAGUCACGAUACUUUGAUACAGUUAUUGCUGCUCAUGGGAGAAAAUAAGGAAGAACCGAUUGGCCACAUCUGGAUCGCUGGCCGCCUGAACAUGUCCAAAGACGCCAACGACGCCGUCAGCUACUUGUGGUACAAUCCCGCCAACGGCAGGAGGAUCUACGAUUCUGUCCACGUGUCUGACGCUGCUACACUGGGGUUAUAUGUACCACCAUGGCUGGACGAUGACUUCUCCAUGGACAAUUCCUGUCUAAACUUGGACCGGCAAGACCAUCUCAACGCAUUGGUCUACGGUCUACCGUGCGACACGCCACAAUACUCCAUUUGC